AAAUGGCCGUUCCAGUGGAGUGUAUUGUAGGAGCUUAAUUUGUGGAUAUGGUAGAAUUUUGUUUGAUAUCGUUCGAUAUUUCAUAAUUUUGCAUAGAAAAUCAUGGAAAAUGUGGAAUACGAUUUAAGUAAAAUAUGUCGAGUAUGCAAAUCGGAGGCCGCUUGUAUGGCGUACGUAUUUGUAAAUGAAGAAAAUGAUGAUGGUGGUCCCCGAAUUGACGAGAUGCUAAUGGCAUGUACGUCUGUUGAGGUCAAUUACGGUGACGGUUUACCCCAUGUGAUAUGUCGAGAAUGCAAGGAGCAAUUAACCAGUGCUUACUGUUUCAAGAAACUAUGCGAAGAUACAGACACAACAUUAAGGGAAUAUUUGAGGGCGACUAAGGGCAGUGGUGGAGUGAAAGAAGAGUAUUAUCAGAGUCCGAUUCCAGUACCUGUAACAGAACACGAUAUAACUUAUGUACAAGACGAAUUAGAUGCUGAUGAUGUUGAGUUUACUACUAGUGAUAACGUAAAACUUGACCCCGAUGAAGAGCUACAAUUAGACGAUGAUUACAUCCGCUUCUUAGAAAACAGUCAAGUUCUACUGACCUGCCGGACAUGUUCCAAGUGUUUCACGACACUUGACGGCUUGAAAUGUCAUAAAAGGCUUCACAACGGAAGCUUGUUCAAAUGCAAGCAAUGCGGGAAGCAAUACACUCGUCAGAAUCAUCUGCAACGCCACGAACAACUUCACGGCCCUAGAAAAGUGCACGUUUGCAAGAUUUGCAAUAAAACGUUGACACGAUUCGAGCACCUAAAGCGACAUUUAGUAACGCAUCUCAAAGAAAAGCCCUUCGCUUGCAACAAAUGCAAUCGAGGCUUCACCAGAUCCGAACAUCUGAUGAACCACGUACAUAAAUGUAAAGGAGAUCGUGUGCACAUCUGCGACAUUUGUAAUAAGGGUUUCAAUCGUGAGGAUAGCCUUGCCGUACACAGGCAUUUACAUGACAAUAAGCAACCCGUUUUGCCUACAUUAGACAAUCUAGAUAACAUCGACGAGCAUUACCUCGAAAUAGAGUAUGCUGAACCGAAUGAGCCGUCCGCUUACUCGGAGUCGUCGCAGAGCGAUGCGGAGCCAGAAGCUCCGGCGGAAUCUAUAGAACCGCAAGUUGAUAUUGCUGAGAAUAGUGAUCAAAUCAAGUUGGCAGUUAUUAAAGAUGUUCCCAAUAUCGAAACCGACACAGAAAUUUACGGCGAGCUAGAUCCAGAAGAGUUACUUGAAGCGAAAAGUAAAAUAGUGGCGGAAAUGUUAGAAGGCGACGUACUAUACGACGUAAUGAAGCAGGAGAGAGAAAAUUCCGACAGCGGACAUUCAGAAUAUUUACCGACCAAGUCAAUUACUAGAAUGAAACGUAGGAGAGGGCGACCUCGUAAGUCGUUCAGUCCCAAAUCCAGUCGUCCUAGGGGGCGUCCAUCUCUACCGAAAGUUAAGGUCGAGAUUACUGACGACAACUCUGAUAUAGAUGGCGAAUUUGCGUGCCCCAAUUGUGACAAAGUGUUUAGUACAAUGCACAUGCUUGAAAAGCACGCCGAGAAACAUGAGGGAUUAAAAAUUCACACGUGUACUGUGUGCGAGAAAAAGUUCACUCGUGCGAAUCACUUAAAAAGGCACAUGUUGUGCCACUUGGAAGAAAAGCCUUACGGAUGUGACGUCUGUAGCAAACGCUUUAACAGACGUGACCAUUUGCUACAGCACACAAAAUUGCAUAGCAGAGCGCAAGAAUUUGAGUGUGAAGUAUGUAAACGACUUUUUAGUCGACAUGACCAUCUGACUAAGCACAUGGCCACCAAGCAUAGUGUAGGUGAGAAGAUUGUUACGGAGAAGAAGUUUCAAUGCUCUGUGUGCUUGAAAGCUUUCACGACAGAGAAAUAUCGUGACGUACACAUGAAGGGCCAUACAGGUGACAAGAAGUAUCAAUGUCGUACUUGUGAUAAAACGUUUUUGUCUAAGUCGCAUCUGACCGAACACAUUAAAUUUCAUAAUGAAAACUCAAAGAAAUUUCUGUGCUCCGAGUGUGGCCAGCGGUUUAUUCGUAACGACUAUCUCGUAAUACAUAUGCGAAGACAUCGUGGUGAAAAACCAUUCAAAUGCAAAUAUUGUGGCAAAGGUUUUCCACGUACUACUGAUCUGACAGUCCAUGAACGAUAUCACACAGGUGAAAAGACCCAUUUAUGUACAAUUUGUGGACGAGGAUUUGGAAGGGCAUACAAUCUAACAGUGCACAUGCGUACUCACACUGGAGAAAAACCCUACAGGUGCACUUAUUGUGAUGCCGCAUUUGCUCAAGGGAACGACUUGAAAGCGCACGUGCGCCGACAUACUGGUGAACGAUUUCAUUGUGAUCUUUGCAGCGAAAGUUUUCUAAUGGGCUAUCUAUUAACGCAACACAAAAGGACCGUACACGGUUUAAAUGUCGUUAGUCACAUAAGAAGAUUACAACCAGUGUCCCUGAAUCGCGAUCAACAAGCAGAUUUUGAGCCAAUUACGAUCCCUCUACCUCCUGCUGUGGUGUCAGUUUCUGCAUUCAAUAAUCACAUAAAACAGGAUUUGGACGAUAUAGACGAUCCGUCCGUAAUACCAAAUGCCGCACCCAAUGCUAAUUUUGAUCCACAGAUUCAAUCACAAUUGACAGUAGCUCAACUUCAACAAAUGGCACCACUUUAAAACAUCUUUAAAUUGUCUUCUCUAAACCAAAAAUUGUAAAUUAAUGUACCAUGGAUUGAUGCGCGUUAAACACUAUUGGAGCAUAAGAAACUAGUUACAUUAAAAGGUAGCUUCCAUAUGUUUUCCCGAUUUUUUUCGAUAUGGGGGUUAAGUGUACUAAUUUGGAAAAUGUGAAAGUUUUUGUACACUAACUUACUGUAUGUGAACGUAUAUUGUUUUGAUACAACUGUGUACAUAAAACGAUAGUAGUCUUAAAUAAAAAGAAUUGCUAUUUAAACGAUAAU